GUGUAAUUUUUUUUUAUUACUUUAGGACUACAAAUUAGAGAUGGUAAUUUGAACCUGCCUCGUCGGGUAAUACCUGACCUGACCCGCGAUGGGACGGGUAUUACCCGACCCGCAGUAGCGUGAGGCGGGGCAUGGGUAUCAACUCCGACCCGCCCCGUUCUUGACCCGUUCUAGUUCAAUUUCUUACGUCGUCCUUUCAUACAUCUCCUAUUUUGACUUUUCUUCAACUAGUUAGACUUGAUCUUUCAACUAGAUAGACUCAACUGCCUAUUAUAUUAUAACUAUUAUUCAUUCAUGAAUUCUUUUCCACUUCCUUUUAUCGUAAAAAGUGAAAUUUUGCGUGUAUUAUUUUCAAAUAACAUGAAAUAGUGGGUCGCCCGCCCCGCCACGUACCCGCCCCAACCCGUAGUAGCAUGGAGCGGGGCAUGGGUAUGGAGGUACCCGCCCCGCCCCAUAGCCAUCACUACUACAAAUAGCACGAUCCCUUGAUCUUAUCCUUUAGAUAUCAACUUACUUAGACCUCUACAUCCAUGAAAUAACAUUUAUAUUUCAUAUGUGGUCCCUACCGCCACAUUAGCUACCUUUUUCAUUUCACUACAAAUCAAUUUCAUUUUCUCUACAUCAAUGAAAUCCAUUAUCUAUUUCAUAAUUGGCCCACAAAACAAAAAUACACUCUCUCACAACUCACAAAAUAGAAUAGAAAUGAAGAAAGCAAAAGAAAAAUAACAUAAACGUAGGUGUAGCCCACUCUUACUCUUCCAUUUGGUAUUUCAUUAAGUGGAAGUUCCCACUUUAUGGAAUAAGGGCUCCAACAAUAAAAGAGGAAAUGAAAAUACCACAUAGAAUAUGAAAUAGCAACAUAACAACAGUUGUGGAUGCUCUUAAAAUCAAGAGCUAUAUUUGGUCAUGAAAUUGUAUGCAUAAGCAUAAUGCACUCUACUCUAUUUUAGCCCCCGCCACUACACCCAUUCACUCUUGGACAAAGUAGAAAGACAGAUCCUCAAGCCAGCCAACCAACCAACAACGAUUCUCCGCCAAAGGUCACAUAGCCUCGUAGUAAGAGAGGCAGACCAGUGAUCGAGAAAUCCCAGGUUCGAUCCUCACCACUAUCAUAGUCUUCUCGGAGGCACACCACAUUUGUCCGGACUACUGGCGGAGGUCUUGGGGUUUGGCCCGACUACUGAUGAUUCUCCUUCUGCCCGUUUCAACUCAAACGGUCCAAAAACCCUUCCCUCCUUUCCAAUGCGACUCAUUCAAACUUUCAACGAGCAAACAACCAAUCAGCUCCCCUAAAUAAGCGUCUUCCCGUUCAUUUUAACACCUUCCGAAAUUUUACACCACUCAUUCACUUUCCCCUCCCACUUAAAGCAAAUUCCAUUCAUUCUCCAUUCAUCCCUCCAUCUCUGUAAUUCCCCACAAUCCCUAAUUAUACCUUCCCUUUUCAAACCCCAUCAUACUUCCUUCAACCCUAGAAUCCCCAAACACAGCAACAAACCUUUUCAAUCAAUCAAUUAGCAGCAAAUCCAACCUCCCCUUCCCCUCUCAAUAUUCAAUCGACCCUUCCGAGAGGAUUAAUCGAGAAGAGAAUACAAAAUCAGGGGGGGAACAAAAAAUGGACGCAACCGAGCUAAAGAGAGUGUUCCAGAUGUUCGAUAGGAACGGGGACGGGAAGAUCACCAGGAAGGAGCUGAGCGACUCGCUGCAGAAUUUGGGGAUCUACAUUCCGGAGGGGGAUCUCACGCAGAUGAUAGAGAAGAUCGACGUCAACGGCGACGGAUUCGUCGACAUGGACGAGUUCGGGGAGCUUUACCAGACGAUAAUGGACGAGCGCGACGAGGAAGAGGACAUGCGGGAGGCAUUCAACGUCUUCGACCAGAACGGCGACGGAUUCAUCACCGUUGAUGAGCUCAGAUCUGUGCUGGCCUCCCUCGGGCUCAAGCAAGGCCGGACCGUCGAGGAUUGCCGCAAGAUGAUCAUGAAGGUCGACGUCGACGGCGAUGGGAUGGUGAAUUUCAAGGAGUUCAAGCAGAUGAUGAAAGGCGGUGGGUUUGCUGCUUUGAGUUCCACUUGAUUGCUUUCAAUUUCUUCUUCUUCUUCUUCUUUAAAUUGAUGGCGAUGAUUAAGUUGAUCAUCCAAUCAGGUUCCAUUUUGAUUCUUUCUCUAUCUUGUCGUGAUUUACUUGUAAGAGAUGUAGAGAGGGAGGGGAAAGGGAGAGAUUUGAUUGAUUCAUUUUUUUACACCUUUUUUUUUUGUUUACUAAUUUGUGUAAACAUUUGUUGAUUUACUUUCACAGUUUUAGAGACGGCUUGUUGUUGUGGUGUGAGAUUUUAUAAUUUAUAAACAUGUUUUUCUGGGGGUGUGGCGAUUGAUUGAUCCAUUUUCCAUUUGUUCAGAGAAGAUUGAAAAGGUUUACUCAAGAACUGAAUCGAAAAACUUCCCCUAUGUUACAUACUUACAUCUUAAAUUUGGUGGUAUAGGUCCCGUAAAAAAAAAAAAAAAAAUUGGUGGUAUAUGGUAAAUGCCAUAUUUGGUCACUGAGAUUACUAAAUUUUGUCAUGUUUAGUCACUUGAAAAAUUUAAUAUCAAUUUUGGUCACUCGAAUUACUGAAAUAAGUCACAUUUAGUCACUCUCCCGUUAGUUUCUGUCCAACUUCAUUAAUGGAGUUGUACGAAAACUAACAUGAGAGUGACUAAAUAUGACAUGUUUUAGUAAUUCGAGUGACUAAGUGUGACAUGUUUCAAUAAUUCGAGUGACCGUAGUUGGACGAAGGCUAACGGGAGAGUGACUAAAUGUGACAUGUUUCGGUAAUUCAAGUGACCAAAAUUGAUAUUAAAUAUUUUCAGUGACUAAACAUGACACGAUUUAGUAGUCUCAGUGACCAAAUGUAACAUUUACCCAUUUGGUAUAUGUAGAAUAUACGAUAUUAUUUGUGAUUUGGAAAUUUGAAUAUAUGUUUAGCAAGUAAAUCAAAUAUUUGUAAAUAUCAAUUUAUAAAGUUCACAACCUGAACUUUUUAUAUAUGUACGAAAUUCAGAAAGCAUAACACCGAACAUGUUGUGCCCUUUCAUAGGUUAUUAUAAAAGAAUAUUUUGUAUACUCGCAAUGUAUUUUUUAGCUUGCUGCAUAAGCACGAACAAAAUCAAAUGUCCUUAACGAGACUAUAUAAGUGUUAUUAAUGCUUAGAGAUUCUCUUAAACCCUAAGGAGACGUUUGGACGAAACAAUGUACAAAUGAAGACCCAAGAAAUUUGUAUGUGGUAUUUUAGCUAAAAUCAUUGUUUGUUUAUGUAUGCAGGUUAAGUAAAAAAGUCCAAACCCAAAAAGAUUCCCACUUGUAAUUUUUGGAUUGCAGAUGAAUUAUAAAAAAAAAAUCCCACUUUACUCCUGUUUCUUCCUAUUCUUCCAGGGAAAGAUAACGUGCCUACCUUUUGGGUCUGAUUUUUGACAGCACAUUUGUAACAUCCGUUUCGUCAAAACCUAUAUUUCGAUCGCUAGAAAAUUCGCGAUUUAAAAUCGAGCGUUUUAAUAAUAUUUCGGCGGAAAUCGGAUUAUCAAUCAAUCGGAUAAGUAUACAUAUUAAUUAUAUAAAUAUAUACAUUAAUAUAAUAUAAUUAAUAAAAAGGAAAAAAAUUUAAAAAUGGUCAGGCGGUGGGAGAGUUUAUUAAAAGGAGUUGCUAAUUGUCGCCCUAAUUCAUUUUAAUCGCCCUAAAUUAAAAGCUACAAUUACCUCUUUAGCCUUUUGUCGUUUUUAUUGUUGGGAUAUAUUUUGUUCUAAUAAAAAAAAUCCACCAACAAACAAAAAAUUGACGGUUGGCAUUACCCUCCGGCCGCCGCCCCCGAUUCCCCCACCACCGCCCGCCGUCAUUCACUUGGGUCGGAUAUACAUGACAGACAUGAUGAUAACAGAGGGUUCAUCACCAACAUGAUUUUGGGAAGAUUAAUUAAGCUGGAUGAUGAUGUUUGCCAAAACUAUCCCCUUUAUGCAAUUCUUUUCCCCCAACCGAGAGACCGAGAUUCAAUGCAUCCCUAGAGAAUUGGGGAAUGACUCUGAAUACAUAGAGAAGGAAGGCGUAAUUAGCGAUAUAAUCUUCAAGAAAUGGUGAUUAAUCUAGCAGCCGAAGACCUCACAUGUAGUGAGUAGGGAUGGCAAUUUCGACCUGACCCGAUUUACCCGACCUGUUUGACCUGUUUUGGGGCGGGUCAAACCCGCCCCGUAGGCGGGGCGGGGCGGGCAUGGGUACCUCUCAUCGACCCGACCUGCCCUGACCUGCCCCAUUCUCGACCCGUUCUUGCCUAAAUUACAUAUAAUAUUAGUUAAAUUACUUAAGAUUUUCUUCUUAUUACAUUAUAUUUUAGCUAUAAUAAAGUUGUAAAUAAGUAAAAACCUCAAUUUCUUCAAUAAUUUAACUACAUUUUAUCAUAUUAUGGUUUCUUUCUUGGUCUUUCAAUGAAAAGAACGAAUAUUUCUAAUGUUUUUCACAUAAAUUACAUACCCAAUGGGUCGACCUGCCCCGACCCGCGCCCCGUGAUAAAUUACCCGACCUGGACCCGACCUGCCAUGGGGCGGGUAUGGGUAUCGAGAUACCCGCCCCGGACCUGCCCCAUUGCCAUUCCUAGUAGUGAGUGAGAAGGAAUGGCGAUAGAGGGUUUUGGGAGUUGUGUAGGUUGGCCGCGGUUGUGGAUGGUAUCACCGAUGAUUAAAGAAAGUGCAGGAAAAUCGACGAUGGACGGUAGUUGAGCAAGGGCGAUUAUCAACGAAAAUGGAGUAGGGUUGUUUGUUUGUUUGUUUUAAUUUGAUUUGGUUAACAAAGGAUAACUUAAUAAUUUUAUGUUUUAAGUUAGGACAAUUUUAGUAAACCUACGGUGAUGUUUAACCAUUCAGUAUUAAAUCUCCCCGGUCCAUUUCUUUCCCCAAGCAAUCUCAUCUUCUUCCUUUUAAUUGCUGAGAGCUACAGAGCAAGCAGAGCGCCCACAUGGACGCGAGGGAAAAUUUUCCAAAGCUUAAUUCUUGAGCCCUAGUGAUCCAAAAAUCCUGUAAGUAACGCCUAAUCCAUCCAUACAUCGUGAUUUAUCGAUUUAGAGCUUUAAAACGAGUUUUUGGAUAAGGAAUUUCUUGAAUUUCCGAUCGAAGGAAUUAGGGUUUCGGAGUAUCCAGAAGCCGGAUUGAGCCCAAAUUUCAUAUACGAGCUUCCUGCAGCGAGGUAAUCAAUACUCUAGUUCUAAUCCAUGAAUUUCGGCAAUUAUUUAGGUCGGGGUCCAAAUCGCUGAAUUUAGCUCCUGCCAGGGUUUGAUGUGUUUUUAUCGAGAACUUGAUCUGGAGGAGAUAUUAGGACGGUCGCAGAUUCUAAUUCCGAGUUCGUUCGUGAAAUUGACGUUUUAGUACGAGAAGCUAAAACCGGCGUUUGAAUGACCAGAACUGGUGAGGGAUUAGCACGGCAUACCGGGUUUGUCGUAUCACGAUAAUUAUAUUGAUGCUUAGAAUUGACCUAGGUGAAUUAGAAUGACAUGAUUAGGGGUGUAUGGAAUUUUAUGCUAUAUGAUGAACCAUGAAUUGUUGUAUGAUGACUUGCCCUAGCCGAUAUGGACCUUGUUUAUGUUGAUGAUUGUAUACAUGUUGCCAUUUGUGGCUUAACCGUUGAUAUGACUUCAUGGUUGUUUGAUCAGGUGUUUUGACAUGAUGUGAUAUUGUGGUUGUAUUUGGAUUCCCAAGUGGGGGAAAUAAACUUCUCAGGGUGAUAUUAUGAUGUUUAAGGAGGAUGACUUGCACGAGGGUUUAUCCCGAGGAAGUGCAAUUAUACGACUCCUGAUUCACCUAUGUUGAGCCAAUUAUGGCCAGGUCAAGUACAUGUGCAAGUAAUGAAUUAUGAUUAAGCAAGAUGAGAUAUGAAUCAUGUAUAAGGAUACCAAAUAUGAGUGUUGUGGUCUCAUGGUCAACUACAUAGUAAAUAGGGCUCUCUAUGCUAUUACUCUAGUAUGAUAUGUAUGAUAGUCACACCUCUCAUGUGGUGGUGACUGAAGAAUUAUUACGAGAUAUGACCACACGCAGAGCGGUGUCGGGGUAUGACUACAUCCAUAGUGGUGUGGGGUAUGUAUGACCACAUCCGACGGGAUGUUGGGGUAUGUAUGACUACAUCCGACUUGAUAUGGGGUAUGUUUCCCGGGAGAGUUAUUAGCAUGGGAGUAGUCAAGCGCCUAUAAGUAAAACAUGAUAAGAUGCAUAUGCAUAAGUCAAGGUGGUUGAGUCUUUUGCCUAUUGGGAUGUCGGAUGCCUGAGGUCUGAUCCUAGUGCUUUGGCUUGUUUGCUAGAUGUAUGGUAGGGGUAUGCUCUGUUAUGAACUCACGAUGCUAUGAUUAUCUCACUCAGCUAUGAGCUGACCCUCUUUAUCUUUUUUCUUUGCUUAUGACAUGUGUAAGCAGACCAUCAUCAUUAGCAGCAGUAGAUAGGUGAAUAGGUGGGAGCUGAGCAAGAGUUGAAGGCAAGAUGAGGUAUGGUCUUCAACUAUUUUGUGCUUGGACUACUACUCGGGAUUUUGGCCAGUGAUCCACACCUUUUUGUAAAAAUGUUUUGAGAACGUUUUUCAUGUGCAUACUAGCUUAUGAUGUAGUGUGAGAUAUCCACAUGUGUGGAAAGUUGAUGAUAUGUGUAUAUUUUUGUAAUUGUGUAAGUUGUGACGAUUAUGACUUGUAUCAGUAUGGUAUGCAGUUGUGUAGUAUGAAACUGUGACUAUGGCUAUGAAAGCCCAUGUAUAUGGUUGUGAGUAUAUAUGUUUGUCAUUGAAUUCAUGGAUUCAUAUAAAUUAUUUUGCAGGUUUUAGUUACAAGAACUGUUAGCCCAUUACGCGAGUAAUUCAUGUCGAAAUUUUAUUUUGGUAAAUUUUGAUAAUUAAUGUAACACCCGAGAUUAUUUCCGCUGCAUAUGAACAAUAUGAUUAGGUAAUACGUAUAGGGUAGGGUGUUACAACAUUCUCAUUAAAUCAAUUUUUCAUAUUUGA